GGGCCCGGCCCGCGGCGACGGCGACGGAGGGGCGGAGGGCUGCCCUGCCCGCAGUUGCCGAGCCGCGGCGGCCGAGGCGGGAUGGUGUAGCCGGGCCUGCGGGCGGGCGGCGGGGCGCGGGCGGGGGCGAGGUGGACGCCUCCUGACGGGCUCGGGGCCAGCGGCCGCACGCUGAGGGGGCGUCGCCGCCGCCGGCCCCCGGCGCCGCCGCGGGAGGCCGCGCCCGCCAUGGCGGCCCGGCGGGUGCUGGACGAGUUCACGGCGCCCGCCGAGAAGGCGGCGCUGCUGGAGCAGAGCCGCGGCCGCAUCGAGGACCUGUUCGGCGUGAGCCUGGCGGUGCUGGGCGCGCUCGGGGCCGAGGAGCCGCUGCCCGCGCGCAUCUGGCUGCAGCUCCGCGGGGAGCAGGAGGCGGUGCACAGCGCGAAGGAGUACAUCAAAGGGAUCUGCGAGCCCGAGCUGGAGGAGAGGGAGUGCUACCCCAAGGCCAUGCACUGCAUCUUCGUCGGGGCGCGGAGCCUGUUUCUGAGGAGCCUGAUCCAGGACACCUGCGCCGACCUCUGCGUGCUGGACACCGGCCUGCUGGGCAUCCGAGGCAGCGCGGAGGCUGUGGUCAUGGCCCGCAGCCACGUGCAGCAGUUCGUGAAGCUCUUCGAGGGCAACGAGACCCUGCCGGGCAGCCAGAGGGAGUCGGAGGUGAAGAGGGAGUUCAAGCAGUUUGUGGAGGCGCACGCGGACAGCUACACGAUGGACCUGCUGCUGCUGCCGCCCUCCCUGAAGAAGGAGCUGCUGACCCUCACGCAGGGGGAGGGCGGCCUCCUCGACGCGGGAGACGCCGCGGCCGCCCACGCGGCCCGGGACUCCGAGCAGGCGGAGCCCCAUGGAGUCCCCGAGGACGGGGCGGCCCUGCAGCGGGAGGCGAGGAAGACGGCCGGCUCCCCCGUCACCGAGCUCACGAAGCAAAUGGAUGACGUCUUGUCUGGGCCCCGGGACGCGCUCUUUGUCCCGAUCAACGGCCUGACCCCCGACGCGGAGGCGCUCUGCAGAGGCCGGGUGUGUCACAAGAGGCGGUCCUCCGACUCGGAAGAAAGGCACACGAAGAAGCAGUUUUCCCUGGAAAGCGCUCAAGAGGCAGAGCUCCUGCAGGACACCAAGGCCUCGGCGGGGAGUGCGGCCGUCGACCUGCCCGACCCGCCUGCCGACCCUGACCUUGUCGGGCCGGAGGGGAAGGACACUACUGAGGAAAUGGAGCACAACAUCCUGGUCAACUUCUUCAAGACCAUGGGCUAUUCCCAGGAGAUUGUCGAGAAGGUCAUUCGGGAGUAUGGGCCAGCCACCGAGCCGUUGCUGCUCCUGGAGGAAAUCGAGAAGGAAAAUAAAAGGUCCCAAGAAGACAGAGAGUUCCCGCCGGGCCCCGUGUCUCCGGAGACCAGCAGGGCCGGGGGCAGAGGCCUGUGCGGCAGCGGGAACGGGCCCACGGGGGACCCGGCCCCAAAGAAGACACAGGCCCACGCGCAGCAGAGUGCGGCGCACCGGUCUCCCCAGUCUCCGUUCAAGGUCGAGUCGAAGCCCUGCGCCUCGAACUGCAAGGUCAACGCUUUCAGAGCAGCACCCGGGGGGCCGAGACCAGACCCCUGGGGCUCGCACCCGAGCUACCCGGGGAGCGUGGACCUUGAAACGGACGGCCCUGCCCCCUCUGUCGCCCCUCCGAGCCCCAAAGAAGUCAGCUUUGUCUCGAGAGGGAUGUCGGGCCCUCAGCCCAGGGUUCCCGCGUUCCCCGAGAACGGCCUGCGGCAGCAGGGGGAGCCCUCGCUCCCAAACGCUCUGAAGUCCGCCUCCGAGGGCCGCCCCGGCGGCACUCCCCAGUCCAAGCCGAACUGUCAGGCCUUCUCCCCGCCGGCGCCGCGGCCCCCGCUGUCCCCCUCGGCCGCCGACCACAUGGACUGCUCGGUGACGGGCGUGCAGAGGUUUCGCGACACCCUGAGAGUGCCCUACAAGCUGGAGCUGAAGAACGAGCCGGGGAGGACCGACCUGAAGCACAUCGUCAUCGACGGCAGCAACGUCGCCAUCACCCACGGCCUGAAGAGGUUCUUCUCCUGCCGUGGCAUUGCCAUCGCUGUCGAGUACUUCUGGAAGCUGGGGAACAGGAACAUCACCGUGUUCGUGCCCCAGUGGAGGACCCGGCGCGACCCCAACGUCACAGAACAGCACUUCUUAACCCAGCUCCAGGAGCUCGGAAUAUUGUCUCUGACUCCCGCUCGGAUGGUCUUUGGAGAGAGAAUUGCCUCCCAUGACGACAGGUUUCUGCUGCACCUGGCGGACAAGACCGGGGGCAUCAUUGUAACGAACGACAACUUCAGAGAGUUCGUGACUGAGUCCAUCUCCUGGAGAGAAAUCAUCACGAAAAGGCUGCUGCAGUACACCUUCGUGGGGGACAUCUUCAUGGUCCCCGACGACCCCCUGGGCAGGAGUGGGCCCCGGCUGGAAGACUUCCUGCGGAAGGACGCGCCCCUCAGAGACACCCUGCUCGCCACCCUGCCGAGCGCGGGCGUGUGCGACCCCGGCUUCAGGGGCCCCGGCGUCCCGGCCGCCGGCACCGGCCACCAGCCCCCGGCGCGGGGUCAGGGUGCCCCGCCCGGCCACUGGCUCCCGCCGCAGCCCCGCUUCCCCCUCCUGCCCGGCCUCCCGCAGGGCCUGCCCCUGCCCGCGCAGCGGUCCCCCGCCGAGACCGGCGAGCUGCGCGAGGCCCUGCUCAAGAUCUUCCCGGGCUCGGAGCAGAGGCUGAAGAUCGACCAGAUCCUGGCGGCCCACCCGUACAUGAAAGACCUGAACGCGCUCUCGGCCAUGGUGCUGGACUGAGGGCCGGCGCGGGCGGCGCAAUGUGAACACCCACCUCCCGGUGGGACGCUGUCGUCUGUACCGGGGAAGACGGGGUCUGUGUAUGGAAACCUGGGUUCUCAAAGCCAGCUCUUUUCUAUAUAUAAAUUAUGCUGCUAUUACGGAUUUAACAUUUUCUGUAAAAGGAAAGUCUACAUUUUCUGCCUGUUCAGAACUGUUUAAUAGCAGUUACUCUUGAGUGUAUUGACAUUUUUAUGUUUUUUAAACUAUUUUCCUUAAAGCUGAAAAUAUUGACAAAUGGAUAUAAUUAGCCUUUCUAAAUAAAAAAAAAAAAAAGAAGAGCUGCUUUCUCAGGGAAAGCAGGACUUCUUACGGUAUA